CACCACCAAAAAUGUACUCAUCAAUAAUCUUUCUAGAACGUUCUAGGAUGUUCGAUCACAAUGUUCUCCACCGUCUCACUCUCCUCCGCCACAUGGGCGGCGGCCCACGGACAUUCCCCGGCGGCCUGAACAAAUGGCAAUGGAAACGCCUCCAUGAAAAGCAAGCUAGGCAGAAGGAAAAACGGCUUCUUGAUCAAGAGAAACAGCUUUACCAGGCGCGGGUUCGAUCCGAGAUUCGUUCCAAAAUCGCCGAUGAUUCAUUGAAACAUGAGCAGCAUACCAAUUCACCAAAUUAUAAGCCCUUAUCCCCUAAAGAACACAUCAAAGUCCUAGCGGAUCGUUUCAUGAAAGAAGGAGCUGAAGACUUGUGGAACGAAGCUGAUGGACCAAUCAGAUCUUUUUCCCCACAAGAAAUAGCCAGAACUGAAUCGAAUCACAAUCCAAUUAAUUUGCGGCGAGUGAUUUCGGGUCAAAAUCAUAUAGCGAGUAAUCAAGUAGGUGAAGUUUCUUCGGGUUUUAGUUAUAAUCAGUUGAAACCUAGGCAUUUUUCGAUGUAUCUAUGUUCAGAUAAUCAAUAUAGUUUGUUGAGAGCCAAGCACUAUUCAGUUAGGACUUCUAGAUCUAGCUAUAGGAAAAAUGAUAGCUCCUCGAGUGAAGAAGAUGGUACGGACAAUGAGGAGGGUUUUUUGAUGACGAAGACGAAGGUUGGGGAUCUAAGUAGGCCACGAUUGAGUUUAAUUGGGUCAUCGGAUGGCGAGGGGAGCGAUGAUGACGAUGGGAAGGGAAAUGGGAAGAAGACGAUGAUGAGCAGUGCUGCAUUGGGGAAGUAUGAUAUAAAGAAGACAAAACGGAUUCCAUUGAAAUUCUUGGAGGAGGAGGAUGACUUGUCUCUGCACAUACAGGCUAUUCGGAAUGAGUUCAAUAAGAGGCGUAUGGCUGAAAAAGACGACGGAGUGGGCGAUGAAGACUCAAUCCUUUGUCCAAAGAGGUUUGAUGAGUGCAAUGUAUCCCCAUUGACAAUCAAGGCUCUUACUUUAGCAGGUUAUGUGCAAAUGACCAAGGUUCAAGAUGCUACAAUGUCUGCUUGCCUUGAGGGCAAGGAUGCUUUAGUCAAAGCUAAAACUGGAACUGGGAAAAGUGCUGCUUUUUUGCUUCCCGCAAUUGAAACAGUUUUAAAGGAUUCAAUUAAGAAUGCGGCACAGCGGGUUCCACAGAUAUGUGUUCUUAUUCUGUGCCCCACAAGAGAGUUAGCAAGUCAGAUAGCUGCAGAAGCCAAUGUAUUGCUCAAGUACCAUGAUGGAAUUGGUGUACAAACUCUUGUUGGAGGUACUCGAUUUAAAGUUGAUCAGAAACGUUUAGAAACAGAACCAUGCCAGAUUAUUAUAGCAACUCCUGGUAGAUUGCUGGAUCACAUUGAGAACAAGUCUGGAUUCUCUGCUCGUUUGAUGAGAUUGAAAAUGCUUAUACUUGACGAAGCAGACCAUUUACUAGACCUCGGAUUUCGGAAGGACAUAGAGAAAAUUGUCGAUUGUCUACCUCGUCAAAAGCAAUCUUUACUCUUUUCUGCAACCCUUCCAAAGGAGGUUCGGCGAGUAUCUCAACUUGUUUUGAAAAGGGAGCAUGCAUAUAUUAAUACUGUCGGGCUAGGUCCAGAAACACAUGAUAAGGUUAAUCAAUCUUAUGUUAUUGCACCACAUGAACAACAUUUUCAAAUAGUCCACCAUUUGUUGAAGGAGCAUAUUGCUCAGGUCCCCAAUUAUAAGGUUAUUGUCUUUUGUACCACAGCAAUGAUGACAUCGCUCAUGUUUUCCCUUCUCCGUGAGAUGAAAAUGAGCGUGAGAGAGAUUCAUUCUAGAAAACCACAACUCUACCGAACUCGUGUUUCUGAUGAAUUCAAGGAAGCAAGACAGCUAAUUCUAAUUACGUCUGAGGUGUCGGCCCGUGGAAUGAAUUAUCCCGAUGUCAGUUUGGUAAUUCAGGUGGGUGUCCCUACGGACCGUGAGCAGUAUAUAAAUCGUCUUGGAAGGACAGGACGGGAAGGCAAAGGUGGAGAAGGAAUAAUGUUGCUUGCACCAUGGGAAGAAUAUUUCCUGGAUGAAAUUAAAGACCUCCCUCUUCGUAAAUCCUCUUCACCGUAUUUAGAUCCAGAUAUAAAAGUAAAGAUUGAGAAUUCAAUGGCGGCAAUUGACCCAAGCGUGAAAGAGGCGGCAUACCAUGCGUGGCUCGGGUACUAUAACUCGAUUAGGGAAAUAGGUAGAGAUAAGACGACACUUGCUGAGCUAGGAACGGGGUUUUGCAAGUCGAUUGGGUUAGAAAAAGUACCUGCACUCUUCAGAAAAACCGCAGUGAAGAUGGGGUUAAAAGAUAUAGCAGGUAUUCGAGUUCGAAAGUAAUAAUAAGUCUUCAAUUUUGAAGAAUUCUAAUUGUGUACAGUGAGAAAUGAUGAAAUAUGAAUCAUUUAAUUGUAGUUGUAUCAUAUGAAGUUAUUCGAUGUACUCAUUUCUCGAG